CACUCCCCCCCCCCGUCCUGCCAGCGCUGGUCUUUUCGUUAGUUCGGACUCACAUUAUCAUCAUUCGGGCCAACGGGUCGGAGGUCGUCCUGUUCCAGGUGGAGCACCUGCAUGCAGGUUAUGCAUAAGAAUCCCUGAGAGGAAAAGGACAACACCUGAAAACCAUCCAUGGAAAACCCUUUAAGUUUUGACGAGGGUAGUGACAUGUCGUAUGAGGAUAAUGAGUUCGUCCUGCCGUCUGCACUGACACUGACUCCACCAGACAACAGCAUCUUCUACAGCGAUGAGAUGAAGAGGAAGGAGGAGGAGGAGGAGGAGGAGGAGGAGCCGAUGAAGGCCAUCGUAAUCCCUGCUGAUUCAGAAGCCUUUUUCAACCUGAACACUAACGCCACCACAAGAGGAGACGCUCAGGCUUACGUGGAGUUGAAUGAGCUCCAGGGCAGCAGUUGGCAGGAAACAGCCCGAUGGGUCGGCUACGAGGAAAAUCUGAACCCGGCCACCGGAAAAUGGAGCUCAUCUCAUGUGUCCUAUCUGACCUUUAAGAGUAUGAUCCAGCUCCGCAAAACCAUGUCCACAGGUGCCGUCAUCUUCGACCUCAACGCCAGCAGUCUGUCUGCGGUGGCUGAAAAAGUGGCUGAUGAGCUGCUGAACAAAAACGAGAUCCGUGCGACAGAUCGGGACGCUCUGCUGAGGGCGCUACUCAUGAGACGAAGUCAGGCCGAGGGUCCGGAGGUCACCCCCACCGGAGACAUUCAGAUGCAGACCUUCUCCGUUUCACAGAAGAGGGACAGUUCUGACAACGUGGAGGCUUCUAUCGUUCUCUCAGGUGUGGUGGACGUCCUCCAGAAGCCGGUGGUGGCCUUCGUGCGGCUGCAGGACUCCGUGGUGAUGCCGUCGGUCCUGGAGUCUCCGGUCCCCGUUCGCUUCGUCUUCAUCCUGGUCGGACCGAGUCAGAGUGGAGUCGACUACAGCGAGAGUGGACGGGCCAUGGGCGCUCUGAUGGCCGACUGGGUGUUCUGUCUGGAGGCAUUCUUGGCCCAGACGGACAAAGACCUGACCGACGCCAUCGCUGACUUCAUGGACUGCAGCAUCGUCAUCCCUCCGACUGAGAUCCAGGACCAGACCAUGUUGGCCCCCAUCAUCAGGUUCCAGAAGAAGAUGCUGCGAGACAGAGUCCGCCCAUGUGACACCCGCCUGGCCUUUGGGGACAGGGUCAAAGUUGAGAAGCCUCCAGAGGAGCCCAGGGAAGACCCUCUCGUCCGUACUGGAUACCCCUUUGGUGGGAUGGUGUCAGACAUUAAACGCCGCUACCGCCACUACAUCAGCGACUACACCGACGCCCUGAACGCUCAAGUCCUGGCAGCCGUCAUCUUCAUCUACUUCGCUGCCCUGUCUCCGGCCAUCACUUUCGGAGGCCUUCUGUCUGAUAAAACAGAAAAGAUGAUGGGUGUGUCCGAACUGAUGAUCUCCACUGCCAUCCAAGGCGUCAUCUUCUGUAUCAUUGCCGCCCAGCCCGUCCUUGUAAUCGGCUUUUCUGGACCACUACUGGUGUUUGAGGAGGCUUUCUACGCUUUCUGCAAAUCCCAGGGCAUUGAGUACAUAGUGGGUCGAAUCUGGGUGGGGAUGUGGCUCAUUGUGAUCGUGUUCAUCAUCGUGGCCGUGGAAGGUAGCUUCCUGGUCCGAUUCAUCUCCCGCUUCACUCAGGAAAUCUUCUCCAUCCUCAUCUCUCUCAUCUUCAUCUACGAGACCUUCAAUAAGCUCAUCAAGAUCUUCAAAACUCACCCUCUGAUUCUGAACUACGAGCAUCUCAAUGACACGAUAGACAACCCCUUCCACCCGGUCGUGACGAAGCACACUGAGGAACGCGAUGACGGCAACGUAACCAUUACAGAGCUGGAGAUCGAAAGGCCCUUCCCCAACACUGCCCUGUUGUCCAUGUGCCUCAUGUUUGGCUGUUUCUUCAUCGCCUACUUCCUCCGCCAGUUUAAGAAUGGUCCAUACCUUCCUGGUCCGAUCCGUCGUCUGAUUGGAGAUUUCGGUGUCCCCAUCGCUAUUUUCUUUAUGAUCGCUGUGGAUAUCUGCAUUGAAGACGCUUACACUCAGAAACUGGUGGUGCCUAAAGGAGUCCAGGUGACCAACCCCAAAGUCCGAGGCUGGUUCAUUAACCCCAUGGGGGAACAUAAGCCCUUCCCCAUCUGGAUGAUGGGGGCAUGUUGUGUCCCAGCGCUCCUCGUCUUCAUCCUCAUCUUCCUCGAGUCCCAGAUUACGACUCUGAUUGUCAGUAAACCUGAGAGGAAAAUGGUCAAAGGUUCUGGUUUCCACUUUGACCUGCUCCUCCUGGUCACCAUGGGCGGCAUUUCCUCCAUCUUUGGCGUUCCAUGGCUCAGCGCCGCCACCGUUCGAUCCGUCACCCACGCCAACGCUCUCACCGUCAUGUCCAAAGGCCCCAAACCCGAGAUCGAGAAGGUGAUCGAGCAGCGGAUCAGCGGCAUCCUGGUGGCCAUCCUGGUUGGUGUUUCUAUUUACAUGGAGCCCAUUCUGAAGAUGAUUCCCAUGACCGCCCUGUUUGGGAUCUUCCUCUACAUGGGUAUCACUUCGCUCAGUGGAAUCCAGAUGUGGGACCGGAUGCUUCUGCUCAUCACGCCAAAGAAAUACCAUCCCUCUGAUGCCUACGCCACCAGGGUGAGCACCAUGCGCAUGCACCUGUUCACCCUCAUCCAGCUGGUGUGUCUGGCCAUCCUGUGGGUGGUGAAGAUCAGCCCCUUCUCUCUGGCUCUGCCCUUCGUCCUCAUCCUCACCAUCCCUCUGCGCAUGUUCAUGACAGGAAGAGUCUUCAGUGUCAUGGAGAUGAAAUGUCUGGAUGCAGAUGACGCCAAAGUGAAGUUUGAGGAGGAACCUGGUCAGGACAUGUACGACGAGUCUCCACUGCCCUAGAAAAUCAUACAUUCAACAGAUUCAACAUUCCAGAUGAAUGAUGAAUGAAACUACAAUCCACAGGAUCAAUAGUGAAUGAAGAUUUAAAAACACACGUCUUUAAAAACAGAGAAAAUAGGAAACAACAGAGCAAAGUGCAGAUAAUAAUAAUGAUAUUCAUGUUUAUUUUAUUUACUAGGGUUUGAUUCACAACCAUCGAAUCAACCUGAACGUUAGCAUCUAAACAUCUGAUUGGACCAGGUUCCACAUUCAGACCCAUUUGAUCUGAAGUAAAAUAAUAAUACAAUAACUUAUAAAUAAUAACUCCAAAUAUUUAUCUUUAGUCCAAAAAAAAAGAAAUAUUUACAUUUACAAACAUUAUU